UUCUCUUUCCAACUCAAAAAGGUUGCGAUUGAAAAACUUCCGGCUCCUCUCCACCUUUAGCAAUCAUUACCCUCUACACCAUCCCCCGCUUCCAAAACCCUAAUAUUCGGCCGAUUUCCUCUCAAGUUUUCUCCAUUACAGUCAUGGCGAGCACUACAGAACCUACGAAUCUGAAAAGAGAAGAAGAGGAGGAGGAUGAUUCAAAACCAGGGGCAGAAGAUGAGGACACUGGGGCACAGGUGGCUCCUAUAGUCAAACUCCAGGAAGUAGCUGUGACUACUGGCGAAGAAAAUGAAGAUAUCCUUCUCGAUCUGAAGGCGAAGCUGUAUAGAUUUGACAAGGAAGGGAGCCAAUGGAAAGAGAGGGGGGUUGGGACGCUGAAGCUACUCAAGCACAAGGAGAGUGGCAAAAUUAGGCUUGUCAUGAGGCAGAAUAAGACCCUUAAGAUAUGCGCUAACCAUCUGGUGCUACCCACAAUGACUGUGCAAGAGCAUCAAGGGAAUGACAAGUCAUGCGUAUGGCAUGCUGCGGAUUUUGCAGAUGGAGAGUUGAAGGAGGAGACUUUUGCUAUUCGUUUUGCUUCUGUGGAAAGUGAGUCACAUCUCCUUUUAUCUACAAUUUGCUAUAGCCUUUAUACGGCACUAUUAAAUUAGACUUAAGUACAUGCU